AUGCAUCCCGAGUUUGCCCCCGUCGCUUUCAUCGCUGCCUUCCUGCUUGCCAUACCUUUGAUAUGGCAUUGGAAAUCCGGAAAUAUUGGUAUCCUUUCCAUUAUCGGAUGGCUCUUCGUUACGGACAUGAUCUACGCCGUAGAUGCUAUUGUAUGGGCAGGCAACGUUGACAUCCGAGCGCCCGUCUGGUGCGAUAUUUCGACCAAACUUAUUGUCGGCGCCAGUAUUGCGGUUCCUGCAGGCUGUCUUCGCCUUUGCGCCAAUCUCGUGCAGGCGUCCUCCAUGAGCCAAGUUCACCCGAGUGCAUCGGACAAACGCCGUCGGCAAUAUUUCGACGCCUUCUUCUGUUUCGGCCUUCCAAUAAUCUACAUGAUUCUUCAUUUCAUUGUUCAAGGCCACCGCUUCGACAUAGUCGAAAACUAUGGCUGUAGACCAACCGUUUACUACUCUAUUCCCUCGCUGUUCCUAGUCUCUAUUCCUCCUAUGGUUGUGGAAAUUAUGUCCUUAGGCUAUGCAGUUAUUGCUGUCAAGAAUUUCAUGCGCGGCCGCAAGUCGUUUGCUGAUACUCUCAAAGGAUCCGGUCUCACACCAAUCCACUAUCUACGUUUGAUCAGCAUGUCUAUCUUCCAAAUGCUUCUUAUGAUGACCCUCACCGCCAUCGAGCUCGGCUUUAACCUCAUGAGGUACCCCCUUCAGCCGUGGACCACCUAUGUUGAUGUCCAUCACAACUUUUCCUAUAUUGGCCUCUACCCCUUCGAGACUGGUCCCCUGAGAGAAUGCCACAUCACCUGGUGGGUGUACCCUGCCUGCACGUUCAUCUGUGUUGUGUUCUUGUCCCUUGGCCAGGACGCGAUCCAAGAUUACAAGAAGUGCGUUUCCUGGUGCAGAACCCACAUUCUUAGGCGCAAUUCGUGA